AUGCAACUAUUGACCAAUCAGGUGUUGGCACAUUUUUGGCGGCAAAGUGAGACCAGAUGGACUCUUUUCCUCAUUAUUGCUUCAGCUAUUGAACCAACAACAUCUAAAUUCACAAUGGCUUACAACAUGAUCGAUGAAUACGUUCCAUUUGACCAGAAUAGCAACAGUGGUGAUAAUGUGAGUUGGUUACAGCAGACCGACUUGUAUAGUAUGCCAACGAUUGCAACGGUUCAGACAACGGCAGAAAACAAUGGCAAUGGCAAAAGGAAAAGGGCAGCUGGAAAUUCCGAAACAAGGAAGAAGGCAGCUAAGAAACCAACUGCUCCGAGCUCUCAGCCACUGGUGGCAAGUACCACAACGUAUACACAGGAGUCGACUUCAUUGAAUCAUGAUCAAAUGAAGAGGCAAGCUCAGGUGGAGGAGAGUAAGAUGCCUUACGAUAAUUUAGUGUUGGCGCUCAACGAUUUUAGAGAUAUACACCAGCAACUGGGUGCAUUGAAAAAUAAGUACAGCGCCGAUACGGAUAUUAGGCAAGAAGUAAGCUCUUGUGAAGAGCAAUUGAAAGCUUUGGUGGACAAUACUGAGAAACGGAUCAACCAAAUUCCUUAUUGUAGAAUUUGCACACAGUCGCCAUCAACGAACCCACCUAAGGUUGUGGGUUCGUGCGGACAUGAAUUUUGUUGCAUUUCUUGCGUUGUCAGCUAUUUGACACGGAUGUGUGAUGCUCAGACAGGCAAACGGCAUUGUCUCGUCUGUAAGGAAGAAACCAAUAUUACUAUUUACAAUUGACGAUCUUGAUAUGGACUCAAUGGUUAGAUUAUUGUAGAAGUGCAUUUCUUUUUAUUGUUUUAUUUGAUAACUUGUAAUUUGAAAUAAAUUGUUGUCAAUAUAUAACUGUCGUUAGUUUUCAUUGUCAUUUGUACUAUAACAGCCAUACAGACAAGGUGAAUUAGCUCAUAUCAUCAUGUCCCUUUUCCGUCGAAGAGUUUCGCCUAUUUGGUUACUACAUACAGAUCAGUCCGAACAUAGAGUUCUUGACAUGUGGGAAGAAUUUUCGCAUUCAUUUCCAGAACAUGGUCAAAAUGCCAGAUUCUGGAAUAUCUCUGUGGCGAAACCACCUUCAGAACUUCCAGGAAUGAUUCUCCUUGGGUUCGAAGAUAACGAAAUCUUGUCGUCCGAAACCAAACAUAGACUGAAUGAACUGAUACACGAAAUGGAUUGGAAACUUCCACAAUGCGAUGCCAGAAUGGCACUAAAUGCAACGAUGCCUUUGCGCUUAUGGACAAGUGAUUGGAAAAUAAGGCUUGGUGUCUUUCUGAGUUAACUUUAUUUCAAAAACAUUUGUUUUUCAAGAGAUAAUCAAUCGACAGUAUCAA